AUUAGCAAUACAACAUUAUCGACUACAUUAAGAGCGUCUAGUAUGGUAAAAAAUUUAUAAUAAAUUUAGAAUCUCAUAAGGAAAUUAAUUUCAUAUAGAUCAGAAGAAGCUAAGUUGAUAAAAAUGUCUAUGCGACUGGAAACUUCGAACGAGGAGUCAUAUCUGAACAGCGGCAGACCAUCAAAUCUUUUGAAAACUAGUUUUUCCAGUACGAAAUUGGAAAGACUUUAUCGUUCUUCAUCUUUACAACAGCGUCGCGGUGGUCUUCAGUGCUUUUUAAUUUCUGCUGUAUUCUAUGACUUCUACACUUUGGCUUUACCAGACUCUGAAUUACCAGCCAGAGGCUUAACAGCAGUUUUUCUUGGGCUGAAUCUUGGACUGUUGGCCUGGGCGGAAAGGGGAACGAGAGCAAGGGAUGCACUCUGGUCGGUGGUUCCCCACGUGGCCUGGCAAAUAUCCAUAGCGCAAUUGCUUGCUCAGCUGUUCCUCAAGUCCACCGAGGUCACGCCCCGAGACAGCCUAGGAUGGUUGCUAUUGUUAUUGUAUCUACAUUUCGCUACUCUGCCACUCAGAUUAUCUCUGUGUGCUCUGUUGGCUGUAGGCACUGCAGCAACUUAUAUGGUGUCGGUAGUUGGACUAUCCAAGGCUCCUGUACCUAUUGAAGUUCUUAUUCUGACAGUAACACUAUCACUUUGUGCCGCGGCUCUUGGUGCUUCAAGUUAUUCGCUUGCUGAAUUCCAGCAGCGUCGAGCCUUCCUUGAAACUAAACAAAGUCUCGAGGUGCAACUUAUCAUCGAGGAACAAAGUGCCGAACAGGAGAGAUUGCUGCUCAGUGUCUUACCAGAGCACGUCGCUGUAAAAAUGCGACAGGAUCUUGGGGCUUCGCUCGAUACGCAGUUUAAAAAGAUCUAUAUGUCGCGUCAUGAAAAUGUAUCCAUACUUUAUGCGGAUAUUGUUGGGUUUACGGCUAUUUCUUCGACAUAUUCAGCGAGCGAACUUGUGAAAAUACUUAACGAGCUAUUCGCUCGAUUCGAUCAGCUUAGCGAGAGGUACGAGCAGCUACGUAUAAAGAUCCUGGGAGAUUGUUACUACUGCAUAAGCGGUGCACCACAGGAGCGGCCUGAUCAUGCCGUACUAUGCAUCCAUAUGGGCCUGUCAAUGGUCGAAGCAAUUAAGUACGUACAGCAAACAACCAACAGUCCGGUUGACAUGCGUGUCGGUAUUCACACAGGCGCAGUGUUGGCUGGUGUAUUAGGCCAACGUCAGUGGCAGUUCGAUGUCUACAGCAAGGAUGUCGAACUCGCUAAUAAAAUGGAAAGCAGCGGUAGAGCAGGGCGAGUGCAUAUUUCCAAUGUAACUCUAAGCUUUUUAAGCGGUGAGUUUGAAGUUGAACCCGCUUAUGGAGAAAAAAGAGAAGAGGCUCUACAGAAAGCUGGUAUUACAACUUAUUUUAUUGUCAAGGCCCUUAAACCAUUGAAACCGGCUUUAACAAAGAGUUUAGCGUCGCUGGCCGACGUUGGAUACUCACAACGUGCUAUUACUAAUGUCGAUGGGCAGCAUAAAGAGGAUUCGGAAGACUUUAGACAGAGAUUGCGUAAGGAAUUGGACAGUCGAGUGGGUGGAGGAGCCGAACUAAAAGGUCAAGCAUCCUGGUUAACCCUGGCGUUUAAGGAUCCGACGUUAGAAAAGGCCUUCCAUAGCGCAGAAGAAGCGUUCUCGCCAUUAUCAUUGCUCGGUGGGCCAUUAGUAAUGAUAUGCGCUUCGCCAGUUUGGCGUCUCCAACCCUGGGGUCCGUUCACUUGGGGCGGAGCUGGAGUUGUCACGCUUUUUGGAGUUGUCCUGGCCGGAGCGACGUGCCUCGGCAGCGCCGUACGUGCUAGGUGGCUUAGACGAACCCUCGCUCUGCUCAUGAUCUUUUCCAUGAGCGUGUUUCUCCUACUGGACAUGGCUAAUUGCGGUAUAAUCGACGAUUUGGACUUGCCAACGAACGCUUCAGUGAGCUGGUCGCCCCGCUGUCCUUAUCCUUCGUAUUACUCUUACGUUGGCGUACUCGCCCUCGUUGUUAUUUCCAUGCCCGUCUACAUCUGCUAUCUCGGCAAAGCUUUCCUCAUGUUCGUGUUAGCGGGAGCUCAGUGCACCGUCAACGUUCUGUUCCUCGGCUCGACUCUCGACCGCGAGGACUUGGCCUCCAUCUCACCUGGUCAAAAUAUCUUUCACCUUAAGUAUUCAUUAUCGGCGACUCUGCUAACGAUAGCUGUUGCGCUUGUCGUUGUUGCCAGAUACACGGAGAAGGCGCGACGAGUUCUGUACCUACGGGGCUGCGAAGUGGAGGCUCAACGGGAAAGAGCAGCGGACAUGAAGCGAAGAAACGGCGCUUUGAUAUAUAAUAUCCUGCCGCCUCACGUGGCGGCUUACUUUCUAUCUAAUACGCGCCAUCACGAUGAUUUGUACAGUCAAAGUUACGCGGAAGUCGGUGUGCUUUUCGCGAGUAUGCCCAACUUUGCUGAUUUCUACAGCGAGGAGAGUAUCAAUAAUCAAGGUCUCGAGUGUCUUAGGUUCCUCAACGAGGUCAUCUCUGACUUCGAUGCCAUUUUGGAUCAAGAGAAGUAUAAAGAUAUCAUAAAAAUUAAGACAAUAGGCUCGACUUAUAUGGCCGCUUCCGGUAUAACUGAAUCGGCUGAAAGCGCAAAUGAACCACAAUGGCAACAUCUAUCAAGGCUAGUUGAGUUCUCAUUGGAAAUGAAAAAGGCAUUGUCAAAUAUUAAUGAGCAGAGCUUCAAUCAUUUUGUCCUUAAGAUGGGUAUAAAUCAUGGUCCGGUGACAGCGGGUGUCAUUGGUGCUCGAAAACCCCACUAUGAUAUUUGGGGUAACACGGUGAAUGUGGCUUCACGAAUGGAAAGCACAGGAAAAGUUGGAUGCUUACAGGUAACCGAUGAAACCCGGAAGAUUCUCGAGCCGUUUGGAUAUGGAUUUGAGCAACGUGGAAUGGUUUUCGUGAAGGGCAAGGGUCAAUUGCUUACACAUUAUUUAAUCACCAAGGAUGGUGUACAUUUAAAACUCGAUAGCGACUUACCCGUUGAACCCACACAUCCAAUAAUUUAUCAAUAAACUAAUUCGAAUAGUAAAUAAAUAA